CUUUCUUCUUCACAUCUCUCCACCACUCUUCUCUGCAAGCAUCUCCACCAACUGCCCCAGAUCACUUUUGUCAGCCACCUCUCAAGAUGCCAGCCCCCACGGAAGAACAACAACAAACCUUCCAACGCAUAUCCACCCACUGCGGCUUUGCCCCCUCCCUUGCCCCUGCCAUCCGUAUCCUCGAGAUGGACGACAUCCCAGAGCAAGAUGAGAAGGGUAUCAGGAAGGUCGAUGGAUGGCGUAUGAGCUAUGAGGGGGUGGUGACUGAUGAGAUGACAAAUCUGAUUGGAAGCAUACAUGGCGCAGCAGUUGUAUGGCUAGUCGACACCCUUUCCUCAGCAGCGAUGAUAUACCUGCACACCCCAACCUUCUGGGGUCCCCCCAUGAUCGGCGGCGUCUCCCUCUCCAUCCACACCGAAUACCUCUCCCCAGCCAAGCUUGGCAGCAAAUUCGUGGUCACUGUUGAUAUCGUCAAGUGUUCUAAAAGCGUGGCGAGUUUGCGGUGUGAGAUCCGAGAUAUGAAGACUGGGAGGGUGGUUGCUAUUGCGACGCAUACAAAGAUGUGGAAGCCGGUACCCGCUUCCAAAGCCAAGUUGUAGCCCACAUUUGUUCUCUGCAUUUACGACUACGCCAAAACGCUCAAGAAUACGAGGAGCGUAUAUGAAAAAUCCACGGACUUUACAUGUACUCGUACUAGUGUGUCAUGAAUCAUAUAGUGCAUCCC